UAAUAAGCAAACUCAUCUUCUUCUGUACUUCACUUCCUCGGUUACUCCACAUCUUCAUAUCUAAAAACCUCUCUCUCUCUUCUUUGAUAGAUAGCAUUACUAGAAAUGGUGGUGGCAUCUCCAACCCCAAUUCGCAGUGAAAAAAUCCAGGCCAUUGAGUUGCCCAUAAUCGACCUCUCAUUGGCAAAUAAUAAUAACAAGAGAUCAGAGUUGCAGAAUCGAAUCGUUCGAGCCUGUGAAGAAUUUGGUUUCUUCAAAGUGAUAAACCAUGGCGUUUCGCAAGAAACCAUAGCGAAAAUGGAACAAGAAAGUCUUAGCUUCUUUGCAAAGCCCGUCCCUGAAAAGCAACUUUCUGGCCCUGCUAAUCCUUUCGGUUAUGGCUGCAAAAAUAUUGGCUUUAAUGGUGAUACGGGAGAAGUUGAAUAUCUUCUUCUCAAUACCCAUCCUCUCUCCAUUGCUCAAAGAUCCAAAACCAUUUCCAAUGACCCUAUCAAAUUCAGCUCUGCUGUGAGUGGUUACAUAGAAGCAGUUAGAGAGGUGGCAUGUGAGCUUUUAGAUCUGAUGGCAGAAGGGCUACAGGUCCCACAAACCUCAGUGUUUAGCAGCUUGAUCAGAGACGUCGACAGUGACUCCAUCCUCAGGCUUAAUUACUACCCGCCUAUGCCUAUUCUCUGCAAGGAUAACGACACAUCACCUUCUUCUAAUUACACAACCAGAGUUGGCUUCGGAGAGCACUCUGACCCUCAGAUCUUAACUCUCUUGAGAUCCAACGAUGUUGGUGGCCUCCAGAUUUCGUUAGAUGACGGUGUGUGGGUCCCUGUCUCUCCUGACCCCACUGCCUUCUGCGUUAAUGUUGGUGAUGUUUUACAGGCUAUGACAAAUGGAAGAUUUGUGAGUGUGAGACAUAGAGCUCUAACCAAUUCAGACCAGUCCAGGAUGUCAAUGGCGUAUUUUGCUGCACCACCUUUGAAUGCCAAGAUCACAGCACUGCCAGAGAUGGUUUCAACCAUUAAGCCCUCCUUGUAUAGGACUUUCACUUGGGCUGAUUAUAAGAAAGCAGCUUAUUCUUUGCGCCUAGGUGAUAGCCGUAUUGAUCUAUUCAGGAAACAAGGAGAAGAGGUAGCUUGAUAUCUUUUGUAGGGUCUUGGCUUCUUGCCUUUAUGUGUACCCCUGAAUGGGGAAUUUUGGUUACACAUGGAAAGAUCAAAGUUGUAGUCUUGUAGCUCGGAGACAGCGGAAUGGUUUUCCAUCUACAGUGUAGUGUUUUUGUGUAAAAUUUCCUUUCUUUUCUCCAAGCCUGGCCCUCUUUUUUUUCCUCCUCUCUUUUUUCUGCUGUCAAGUAACUCAAUGCUCAUUGAAAAGAUAAGGAAAGCCAUAAAGAAAAAUUGGACAUCACGAGCUUAUGAUUAUUUAUA